UUCAGUCCCUGUCUCUAAGGCACCAAGCCUGGGAUCACGUAAUCAGUUCUGGGUAGUAACUUGCCGUUGACUAUUUCCUGGGAGGAAAGGAAAGGCAGGAAGGAAAAACAACAACUGGUCAAAAGUUCCACUGGUGAGUUUUAAAAAAAACCUGUUUGAAUCAGACAAGCUGGUUUCAUUCAGAGAAAUUGAAUCCUACAGAGCAGUGAGCAAUGAGUUCUCAGCAGCAGGAAUUACUGCAUUUGGUGUGUUUUUGUUGGGGGGAAGAGGGAGUUUGCCAUAAACAGGAUUUGGGAAUGAGAACAUGUAUCUCCUUAUUGGUAUAUUUUCCCCUUUGCAGCUAUACUUGAUAGAAUCAAUGGGGACUGGUGGAUGGAGCCGAGGAGUAGAAGUCAGGACUACUAUUCUUUCGUGCCACUUCCCUCUUCAGGAUUGGCGAUUUUUAUAGCCUUCAUACAAAACUCAUGAACAUAGGCCAGGCUGUCAUGUAGAUUAGCCUCUCCGAGGUCUACUGAUAUCCAGUCCACGUUGAAUCUUUGGUCUUCCCCUUGGUCAUCUUCCAUCCACAAUUAUUGCAAGAGCCAUCCUACCGAUACAGCUUUCCGAUCUCCAGUGGAUAAACCCUUACCAAGGUAGCCUAGCCUCCCUCGACUUGUCUUCUAUUGGAACAAACUGCAUUAGGCCCCUUAAAACUCCAUUUCAUAUCCUAACAUGGUGUCCAACCAUUUGACCAUCUCAAUAACUUCAGCUCUGUGGUGGACAGCACACUGAUUUUCUUUCUUGUGGCUGGGCAAGUCUCUGUUCCAUUAAGAUGGGUCAAAUUACAAUUGUCUACAUGCUGUCUUUUAACUUUAUUGGCUUCUUUUUGUCACAGACAACUGGAGUCAGCUCACACCAUUUGCCCCACGAAGCUUAGUACAAUGGCAGACAUCACUCAGGAGGGCACCAUCAGCAGCAUCCAUUGCUCCUAGGUGAAAGAGCGCAGCAGUCCCUGGAGCGUGGGUGUGAGCCAGGCAGUCUCUCAAUGCCAGCAUCCCUGCCAGCACUAGCUAGGCUCACCAAGUAACCCUAGCUGGGAACUUCCUGUUCCUUUAGUUAAGUCAUCCCUGCCACGUGUUGUAAGGUGAGAGAUUCCCUUACACAGGAGGACGCAGAGGCUCACUGCUGCAGUUGGAGCUUGCUGGUGACCCAGCUGUUCUGCAGAGAGCAGGGAAAAGAGGCUACAAGGCAUGAAAAGGCCAGUGCUGUCAGCUGCCAGACACCAACCAAGACUCCUCUGCACUGUCUCCCCAUGAAAGCAAGGUCCCUGGGAAGAAGAAAGCAGAUCUGUAGCUCCGAAGAAGAGAGUUCAUUCAGGCGGUGCUUUAUUUUUAAACUCUGAUCCUCCCAGUUCCUUGCCUGGCUAAGUAAUUAAACUGGAAUGACCCAAGGAGCUGAAAUCAGGGGAACUUUAUUUAUUCUUUUAAAAGGAUAGAACCCAAAUUCCACUCCCCUUGAACUUUUUUAUUAUAAAAUCCUGCUUUAUAACACCCAGGUUUGAAAGACUCUUUGACUCUGUUUUAUGUUUUCCCCGCUUCCCCUUAAAAGCAACUGAGUACGAGUCCAGCUGCUGGAGCCAGGGCUGGGUGGGGGAACUCUGCGUGUUGGAAGAAGAUGCACUAAGGUGUCAAGAACCAAAGAAGAGAAUCCGGGAGACUGCGUGUGCUUCUACGGCUCCUUCUUCUGGGAACAGGAGAACCAGAGCCAAGCGGUUAUAGCUGGAAUCUCCUCCUGCUUCUCUGCCGGCUUGGUGGUUGGUGUCUCCCGUUUCUGGAUUGUGCUUGAUGGGGAUCUCUGCUAGGGGAUCAGCCUCUGCAGUCGAGGGCAGGCGCACAAGAACAAAGGAGGUGGUAUCUAGAUGCCGGAAGGGGCAUUGGCUUAAGCCCCGGGCAGAAGGUCUUUUCUGGGACAGCUGCCUGCUGUAGCCCCACCAGGUUGAGGGUCGGGGGGACAUUCACCCUUCAGCAUGUCCUCCAAGCUGGAACAGAAGGAGACUCACCAGACCAAUGGGGUGGUGCUGCCAAUCGUGGCUGUGCCCGUGGACUGCCUGGCCAGUCCGGACCGGCAGCAGCUCGUGGAGCCCUCGGAGUUCUUGGAGCCUGACGGGGAAGGGGUGGAGGUGGUGGUGCUGGAGUCCCGGGCCAACGCCAAAGGGGUACGAGAAGAGGACGCCCUGUUGGAGAACGGCAGCCAGAGCAACGAGAGCGACGACACCAGUACGGAUCAGGGCCCCGAGCCUGCCUCCCCUCUCAAGGAGACCUCCUUCUCCAUCGGGCUGCAGGUCCUCUUCCCUUUCCUGCUGGCCGGGUUUGGGACGGUAGCGGCUGGCAUGGUGCUGGACAUAGUACAGCACUGGGACGUGUUCAAAAAUGUGACUGAAGUAUUUAUCCUGGUUCCUGCAUUGCUGGGACUGAAGGGGAACCUAGAGAUGACGCUGGCAUCUCGUCUUUCUACAGCUGCUAACAUCGGGCACAUAGACACACCCAAGGAGCUCUGGAGGAUGAUAAUGGGGAACAUGGCUCUGAUUCAGGUUCAAGCUACAGUGGUCGGUUUCCUGGCUUCGAUUGCUGCCGUGAUAUUUGGCUGGAUCCCAGAUGGGCACUUCAGCAUUGGCCAUGCCAUCCUGCUUUGUGCCAGUAGUGUCGCCACAGCCUUCAUAGCUUCACUCGUGCUGGGAAUGAUCAUGAUCGGAGUUAUCAUCGGAUCCAGAAAGAUAGGGAUCAACCCAGAUAAUGUGGCCACGCCCAUUGCUGCCAGCCUGGGGGACCUCAUCACCUUGGCGCUGCUUUCAGGGAUCAGCUGGGGCCUCUACAUAGAGCUGGAGGACAAAGCGUACGUGAAUCCUUUGGUGUGUGCCUUCUUCAUAGCCCUGCUACCGCUCUGGAUCAUCAUUGCCAAGAGGAAUCCAGUAACCCGGGAGGUGCUGUACUCUGGGUGGGAGCCAGUCAUCAUUGCCAUGGCUAUUAGCAGUGUUGGAGGGCUAAUAUUGGACAAAACGGUGUCGGAUCCAAACUUUGCGGGGAUAGCCGUCUUUACGCCGGUGAUUAAUGGUGUCGGUGGCAACCUGGUAGCUGUCCAGGCUAGUCGCAUCUCCACUUACCUCCACAUGAGCGGAAUCCCGGGCGAGAGCUCAGAGAUGGCCCCGCGCAAGUGCCCCACCCCCUGCAGCACAUUCUUCAGCUCAGAUGUGAAUUCCCGCUCUGCCCGCGUGCUCUUUCUCCUGGUGGUUCCUGGGCACUUGGUUUUCCUCUACACCAUCAGCUCCAUGCAAGGCGGGCACACCACGCUCACCCUGAUCUUCGUAGUCUUCUAUAUGACAGCUGCACUUCUCCAGGUUCUCAUUCUACUCUACAUUGCCGACUGGAUGGUGCAUUGGAUGUGGGGUAGGGGCCUGGAUCCCGACAACUUUUCCAUCCCUUACUUGACGGCGCUGGGUGACCUGCUUGGGACAGGUCUCUUGGCUCUCAGUUUCCACAUUCUCUGGCUCAUCGGUGACCGGGACACGGACGUGGGAGACUAGCUCUCCCCUUCUUUCCUCCUUCCCUUCCUUCUGUCUCUCUUGGGACUUCAGCUUUGAUCCUGGAUUCUCAUUAUUUUCAAUGGGAAUUUUAUGUGGUUUAUAUUUCAAGCCCAGUUUGUACAGAAAAAUCUAGUUUUAGGAAGGACAAAAAAAAAAGUGUAAGAGACAAUCACCAAGUGCAAUUUUAUAGCAGUAGCAUCUGAACCAAGGUUCUAUUGGAAUUGUUGAUUGAGUAGUCGGAUCAUAAAGGAUACCCACACCCAUCACUAGAGGUGAAGCGUCACUCUUUUGAUUCAUAAGCAUUCAAUGUUCAAGAUACGAUUCAGGUUUGUUUUAAUUAUAAACUGAACAGGCACCUCCCAGGAGGGAACACUCUAUAAAUUAGGAUUUGGGACAUCCCCAGAUCCUCCCCCAAAGCCCCACUUUAUGCCUGGAUUCUAAAUCAAAGAAGAUUCUGGUUAGAGAACUAGCUGGAGUGUGCCAGAAAGAGGCCUUUUAAACAUCCACUCCCACCCCCAGAUGCUUACAAGGAGCGCUCACCUGGUUUAUUUGAGGCUUUAAAACAUAACCCUAAAGUUGCUGGAUUUUUAAUUGUAUGUAGGGCUUUAGUUUUUCCUUUAAAAAGUCUGAAAUGCAUUCCUCUUUCCAGAACACACACCCUGCACUCUUGUAGUGGCUCUUAUUUUCUGAUACUGGGUCAACUUUUGUGUCUUUCCCACAAGCUCCUUAAAACAAUGCUGUUUUUCUCCUUUUUGGCUUUUCCCAGAGAGCUGGGUAUUACGUGCAACAAGUGCGAAGUGAUACUUGAUGUGUUGUGUAGAUUUUGACCUUCUUCGCCCUAAGUGAGGCUCAGUUUCAGGGGGUGAUGGUGCUGCUCAAUAUAUUGGCACUCUACCACA